CCUCCUUGGUCCUGUCCCAUCUCAUUGAGAUUUACUAUAAAUAUAAACUGAGGGGUUGGUGGGGGAAGGUUACACAAGACAAAACUUUGAAACAGCAUCCAGUGACAGAAGGUCCAGAGUUCCUCUGAGGUUCAGACAGAAGAAGUGAAAGUAGAAAAGUAUUGGACACGACACUACAUACAAUUCUAAAGAUGGGAGACCCAGUUCAGUUAAAAGAUGAGGGAAACAAAUAUUUCCAAGCUGGAGAUAUUGACAAGGCUAUUGAUUGCUACACUAAAGCCAUCAAGGUUUGCAAGGACAAGAAAGUGCUGGCGGUCAUUCACAGAAACAGAUCUGCAUGCUACUUAAAAAAGGAAAACUAUAGCAAUGCAGCAUCUGAUGCAACUAAAGCAAUUGAUGUCGAUGCAGCAGACAUUAAAGCAUUAUACCGGCGCUGCCAGGCUCUGGAGAAACUAGGAAAACUGGACAUGGCUUUCAAAGAUGUGCAGAGAUGUGCAACACUUGAACCAAAAAACAAAACUUUCCUGGAGACUUUACGUCGACUGGGAGCAGAAAUCCAGACCAAGCUCAAAACAACAUUCUCUACAGAUUCACGAGUACAGAACAUGUUUGAGAUUCUCCUUGAUGAUGAAGUGGACAAGGACAAGAAGGAAAAAGCUGCCAAUAAUUUAGUUGUGUUGUCCAGAGAGGAAGCUGGAGCAGAAAGAAUCUUUGAGAAUAAUGGUGUGCCUCUGCUGCUCAACAUGAUCGAGAAAGGCAAACCUGAGAUGAUCCUUGCUGCCAUCCGUACUUUAUCUGGAAUGUGCACUGGACACAAAGCUCGGGCAAUGGCAAUUGUUCACAUGGUGGGCGUUGAUAAGUUGUGCAGCAUCAUGGCUGUUGACAAUGAAGAGAUUGCACUGGCUACUUGCAACCUCUUCCAAUGCAUCUAUGACUCCUUCACUGGUGGGGAUAAAAGGGAAUUCGGGAAAGAAGAAGCUGUGGUUUUGGAUGUAUCCAAAGAUCUGAAAGCCAUCCUUCUCUCUCUGUUGGAGAUGGUUGGAAGUAAGAAAGUGUCAGGCCACGGAAGAGACCAAGCUCUGAAUCUCCUGAGCAAGAACGUACCUCGCAAAGAUAAGAGAAACACAGACAACUCCAGGUCACUCUUCACUAUUGACCAUGGGUUGAAGAAGAUCCUCAAGGUUUGUGGUCAGGUGCCAGAAUUGCCAGAUCAGCUGCCUUUGACAGAAAACACACAACUGAUUGCUAGCGUACUUCUCAACAAGAUCUAUGAUGACCUCAAGUGUGACCCAGAGAGAGACAACUUCAGGGACAUUUGUGACCAGUACAUCAAAUCCAAAAUUGACCCCAAUGACAUGGACAAAACCAUUCACGCCAUCAACACCAUCUCAGGGCUGCUGCAGGGCCCCUUUGACGUCGGUAACGCUCUGGUUGGACAUCAAGGUAUUAUGGAGAUGAUGGUAGCACUUUGUGGCUCAGAGCGUGAGGUGGACCAGAUGGUCGCUGUGGAAGCUCUGAUCCACUCCUCCUCAAAGAUGAGCCGUGCCAGCUUCAUCAUCACCAAUGGCGUGUCGCUGCUCAAAGAAAUCUACAAGAAAACCAAGAAUGAGAAGAUUAAAAUACGUGCACUUGUGGGUCUCUGUAAACUGGGAUCAGCCGGAGGGGAUGAUUACAGUAUGAGGCAGUUUGCUGAAGGCUCCACUGAGAAACUGGCCAAACAGUGCAGGAAAUGGCUCUGCAAUCCUCAGAUUGACACCAAAACAAGAAAGUGGGCUAUUGAGGGUCUCGCUUAUCUGACUAAUGAUGCUGAUGUGAAAGAUGACUUUGUUGAGGAUGAACCUGCCAAAGCCAUGUUUGAACUGGCCAAGUCUAAGGACAAGACCAUCUUAUAUUCUGUGGCUUGCACCUUGGUUAACUGCACCAACAGUUAUGACAAAAAGGAAAUCAUCCCUGAGCUGGUUCAACUUGCCAAGUUUUCAAAACAGCAUGUGCCUGAGCAGCACCCAAAGGACAAGAAGGACUUCAUUGAAAAGAGAGUGAAAAGGCUGCUAAAGGCUGGAGUCACGUCAGCGCUUGCUGUCAUGGUCAAGGCAGACAAUUCAAUAUUGACCGAUCAAACCAAGGAAAUGCUGGCAAGGGUAUUCCUGGCAUUGUCAGAGGAUCCCAAAGAUCGUGGCACUAUUGUAGCCCAAGGUGGAGGAAAGGCUUUGAUACCACUGGCUCUGGAAGGAACAGAUGUUGGGAAGGUGAAGGCCUCCCAUGCCAUCGCUAAGAUUGCAGCUAUUUCUAACCCAGAAAUUGCUUUCCCUGGUGAGAGGGUGUAUGAGGUGAUUAGGCCUUUAGUCAGCCUUCUGAGCACAGACAGAGAUGGGAUUCAGAACUUUGAAGCUCUUAGAGGCCUCACCAACUUGGCUGGUUUCAGUGAAAAACUCAGAGUCAAGAUUGUGAAAGAAAAGGCUCUGCCAGAAAUUGAGAACUACAUGUUUGAGGAGCACGAUGAGAUCAGACAAGCUGCCACCGAAUGCAUGUGCAACCUCGUGACAUGUAAAGAGGUACAAGAGCGUUAUAUGGAAGAUGGGAAUGAUAAGCUGAAGCUGCUGGUGCUGCUUUGUGGUGAAGAUGAUGAGAGUCUUCAGAUAGCUGCAGCUGGAGCUGUAGCCAUGCUCACUGCUGCACAGAAGAAGCUCUGCGCCAAAGUGACCCUAGUGACUGCUCAGUGGCUGGAGAUUCUGCAGCGUCUGUGCCUUCAUCCCAAUCCCCACAUUGCACACCGAGGCAUCGUCACUGUCUUCAACAUGCUCAACUCAGAUGACACGGAACUGGCCAAGAAACUGAUUGAAAGUGAGCUGCUGGAAAUCCUGUCAGUGAUUGGCAAGGCCGACGACAAUCCCAAAAGGCAGGACGCCAUCAACGCAGCCCGCACAUGUCUGGUCAAAGCUAUGGAUCUGGGCCUCAUCAAACCAUUCACUUGCCCCUCUUAAAACGCUGCAAAAAGUGACACAACAGUAACGGACGUUAUUCUUUAUUUCCUCUGUCAAAUACAGAUUUUUCCAAAUGUUUUUUUUCCACAUCCAAAAAUAGCAGGUAUUAAUUGAGCUGUCUUCAGAUAUCCCCAAUAAUCUGUCAUAUCAUAAGCCAGCAAAUAUUUUCUUUUUUUUUUUUUAUACAUAUAUUGGCUGUUUGGAGUAAUGGUAGUUGAAUUAGGGUGUGGGGGGAGGGGAUCAUUCUCAUUAUAAAAUAUUUCUUCUCUCUUUGAGGAGAGCAAUCUACAAAUAUGGCUGAUUGAGUAAAGCUGAAACUGUUAAUCAGUCUUUGAAGACUGGUUGGUUUCCAUGUUUGUUUAUACAGUGUUACUUUUUGCUAUUUAUUGUACAUGGAUGAAUAAAU